AUGGCAGAUAAUGACGAGGAUAUCACACUACCGCCAACGGAUACCUCGUUAUCGGAGGAUAUUGAAGAGGAGAAGGCGCUGGACUCGCCAGGCGGAAGCUGUUCAAGGUCGUCGAACCACGCGAGUCCGAUGCGGAACAUGAGCAGUGCGCACGGUGGACUAUACGUCUCCGCACCUGGCAAGAUCAUUCUGUUUGGCGAGCACGCUGUCGUCUAUGGCAGAACCGCGAUAGCUGGUUCAAUCGAUCUGCGUACUUACGUCAGUUUGUUCACAUCGGCCGAUGGUAGAAUCUACUUGAGUUUACCAGAUUUGGGCGUGGAAAAGACGUGGCUCCUCAAGGACCUCACAAAAGCAGCAGAUCGACUGGCUGCCGAGUAUCCGAUUGAAGAGGACCAGCCACCUUCACUUGAAAUCUUGGUGCCUAUUGCACGGAAAUUGUCGGGUUCAUGCGAAGAGCAGUGCGGUGUACAGCAUCUGGCUAUACUGGCCUUCUGGUAUCUCCUACUUGGGGUUGCCCACAGAAAAAGUUACUACGUCCACCAGAUGGCGCUUCUCGAAUCGAAUGGAACGGGAGAGUUACCUUCUUCGAAUCUUCUUGCUGUGAAGGCCACAGUUCGCUUCAAAUUACCUAGUUGUGUAGGACUGGGAUCUUCGGGUGCCUAUUGUGUAUGCAUUGCUACUGCUCUCUUACAAACGACUGGACUAAUACCCUCACCGUCGAUUGUUACCGAUGACGAUGGCAGUUUAACGUGGGAAGACCAACAUCUCGAUAUGAUUCGAAAAUGGGCCACUGCCGCCGAAUCACUCAUCCACGGACGUGCAUCUGGACUGGAUGCGGCAGUCUGCACAUACGGAGGUGUGGCUAGUUUCAAACCCGGUACACGAAUUGAACAUUUAAAGAACCUUCCGGAUCUCCGCGUGAUUUUGGUAAACUCGAAAGUCGAACGGAAUACAUCACGGAUGGUGCAAACAGUUAAAGAGAGGCUGAAAAAAUUCCCUGAUGUGGUGGAAGGAAUUUUUACGUCUAUUGAUGCAAUAUCGCGGGAAGCAGCUAAGAUUUUACAUCGAUCGCCUGAGGAGAACGGCGAGACGUUAGACAAACUGGAGAACGGUGGCCACGGUUCAACCGUACCCGAUAACGACCACCAUUCGCUGCAGCCGCAUCGUGGAGGCAGCGUGCGUUCGUCGACGUUCUCCUCGUAUGUGGCCGGCGGCAAGCGUGGCAGCUCAGCCUCAGCCGUCUCCGCAACAUCGGACAAAGGAGAACUCGUCGACACGUUCAGCAAGCUUAACGAUCUUUGCCGAAUAAACAACCAGCUGCUGAUUGGGCUUGGUGUUGGACACCCGAAAGUAGAUCAAAUAUGCACAACGUUAGCUAGAUAUGGCAUACAUCCAAAGAUGACCGGUGCUGGAGGUGGUGGAUCGGUGUUCGCAUUUCUUAAACCAGACACUCCGCAAACCUUACUGGACAUGAUCAGCGGCGAAUUGAUUAAACUCGGCUACGAAGUGUGGCAACCACCUCUAGGUGGUCCGGGAGUUGUCGAGCAUCAACGAAGGCCGGAUCUGUUCUCGACACCAACCCCGUCGACGACUUGCUCGACACCGGCGUCCAAGCAUAAGUAG